AUGGGCCAGGCCCGUCCCGCAGCGCGCCGUCCGCACAGCCCGGACCCCGGCGCGCAGCCCGCGCCUCCCCGCCGCCGCGCCCGCGCCCUGGCGCUGCUCGGAGCCCUGCUGGCGGCCGCUGCCGCCGUUGCCGCUGCCUGGGCCUGCGCGCUCCUCGCCGACGCCCAGGCGGCCGCGCGGCAGGAAUCGGCAUUGAAGGUCCUGGGGACAGAUGGCCUCUUUCUCUUUUCCUCGCUGGACACUGACCAGGAUAUGUACAUCAGUCCAGAAGAAUUCAAACCCAUUGCAGAGAAACUGACAGGGUCAGUUCCUGUGGCCAGCUACGAGGAGGAGGAAUUGCCCCAUGACCCCAGCGAGGAGACUCUUACCAUAGAAGCCCGAUUCCAGCCUCUGCUCACAGAGACCAUGACCAAAAGCAAAGAUGGCUUCCUAGGGGUCUCCCGCCUCGCUCUGUCCGGCCUCCGCAACUGGACCACAGCGGCCUCACCGAGUGCAGCGUUUGCUGCCCGCCACUUCCGGCCCUUCCUGCCCCCACCAGGUCAGGAGCUGGGCCAGCCCUGGUGGAUUAUCCCCGGGGAGCUGAGCGUCUUCACGGGCUAUUUGUCCAACAACCGCUUCUACCCACCACCGCCCAAGGGCAAAGAGGUCAUCAUCCAUCGCCUGUUAAGCAUGUUCCAUCCGCGCCCCUUCGUGAAAACGCGCUUUGCCCCUCAGGGCACCGUGGCCUGCCUGACUGCCAUCAGCGAUUCCUACUACACCGUGAUGUUCCGGAUCCACGCGGAGUUUCAACUCAGUGAACCUCCUGACUUCCCCUUCUGGUUCUCGCCCGGCCAGUUCACUGGCCAUAUCAUCUUAUCCAAAGAUGCUACACACAUCCGUGACUUUAGGCUGUUCGUGCCCAAUCACAGGUCUCUGAAUGUGGACAUGGAGUGGCUGUACGGGGCCAGUGAGACCAGCAACAUGGAGGUGGACAUUGGCUACAUCCCCCAGAUGGAGCUGGAGGCUGUGGGCCCCUCGGUGCCCUCUGUGGUCCUGGAUGAGGAUGGCAACAUGAUUGACAGCCACCUGCCCUCAGGAGAACCCCUCCAGUUUGUGUUUGAGGAGAUCAAGUGGCAUCAGGAGCUGAGCUGGGAAGAAGCUGCCCGGCGCCUGGAGGUGGCCAUGUAUCCGUUCAAGAAGGUCAACUACCUGCCGUUCACGGAGGCCUUUGACAGAGCCAAGGCUGAGAAGAAACUUAUUCAUUCCAUCUUGCUGUGGGGGGCCCUGGACGACCAGUCCUGCUGAGGUUCCGGGCGGACUCUCCGGGAGACUGUCCUGGAAAGCCCGCCCAUCCUCACUCUCCUCAAUGAGAGCUUCAUCAGUACCUGGUCCCUGGUAAAGGAGCUAGAAGACCUGCAGACCCAGCAGGAGAACCCACUCCACAGGCAGCUGGCAGGCCUGCACUUGGAGAAGUACAGCUUUCCUGUAGAGAUGAUGAUCUGUCUCCCCAACGGCACUGUGGUCCACCAUAUCAACGCCAACUACUUCCUGGACAUCACCUCCAUGAAGCCUGAAGACACGGAGAAUAAUAACGUCUUCAGCUUCUCGUCCAGCUUUGAGGACCCGUCCACAGCUACCUACAUGCAGUUCCUGAGGGAAGGACUCCGGCGGGGCCUGCCCCUCCUCCAGCCCUAGUGUGCCUAGUCCUAGAGAACCUGGACCUGGUGAAAAGCCAGCGGACAGAAUCCACGCGCCUUGGAGCCACGGUGCCCGGAGCCUGUUUCAGACUGGAAGUGGUCCCUACCUCAUCCCCAGGCUGCCUAGAGAGGUCCAAGGUCAUCUGAGGCUGUCACCUUCAUAAAUCCUGAGGGAUGGUGGCCAGAGGAGGGGGCCUGUCUGCCCGGUCAUGUGACUGAGCUUAAUCCUGCUACCACUAGCAGCCCAUCUGGCUCCAAGAGCUUCUUCGAGUCCCCCCAAAAGGGGUCUGGAGAGACCUCCCUGGACCUUCCAUACAGUGUAGUUCAGGACCUCGGUGUGAAUAGGGAGUGGACUGGAAAGGUCCUUUCUUUCUAGGCUCCCCUUUCAAGCCAAAGGAAUUAAAAGAGCUGGGCUCAGGGCCAAGCUGCCAAUGCCUGCUUGGAGCCUUCUAUGCUGGCCAUCCCUAGGUAGCCUUCUGUGCAUAGUGCCCCCAGCUGGGGUCAUUGUCAGCUGGAGACAGCUGUCUGGAGCCUUCUACAGAAGUGGAGGCCAUAUUGUCACACUGCUACCCUUCAGCCCGUUGACCUGAUGACCCGAGCCCAAUCCUGUUCAGGGAGUUGGAGAAGUUCACUGUGAAGUGUGUCCCAGCCAAAGAGUGCAGCCUUUCUUAUUGCCAGCACUGUCUAGCCCCCCAGGGUACUGCCAGUCAACUCACCACCGGAUGGCCACCAGUUCCCAUCUGCUACUUUUGGGGACUUGGUGAACAUCUUGAACGGCUGACCAUGGUCAGUCAUUUUUUAUGCAUACGGAAAAGUGUUUUUAUAAGAACUUUCUCACAGUAUAUAUUUUUUAAAACUCUGAAUGCUGAGGAGAAAGAAGUGGGCAGUGGCUCCCCCCAGCAACAGCCGCAUGAUGGCUGGGUCUGAAAUCGCAAAUGGAUCCAGCCUGAUGUCCUCGCAGUUGCACAUGUCGGGAAAAACUAAGCCCAUUUUCCUUCUCUCCAGCUUUUUACAAGCAGUCAAGACUCAGUAUUCCCCAGCUCUGUCCUGUGCUCCACACUCCCAAGAAGCGCCUUGAACUCAAUCGCAUCUGAGCCUUCUUGACAUCAGCCAGGUCCCUGUGAGCCAUCUCUUUCCCUGGCCUCACCAGGGGCUCAAGCUUCAACCGUGCAGAGGAGGAAGGCACAUAGACAUUCCCUGAUUCCUACUCCCCUGCCAGUCCUUGGGACCACCACAUAGAGCCCCCCCCCCCCAACGCUCUCUGGCUCCCAGGAGCCUUGUCUCUGGGGUGCCCUGUGAAGGUCACAUACAUUUUCUCAUAGCAAACCAUGAAUUGGAAAAUUGCCCCCAUUUUCAGAGGAAGACACUGGAGUCUUAGGGAAGCAAAGUGACCUCCUGGGGUCACUCAGAGGACCAGAGUUGUAAUCCAAAUCCACAUGACUCUAAAGGCUAUGUCUUGGUUUUGGGGGUGCCCUGGCUCAUUUCCCCCUGUGGUGGGAAGGGAAUCUUUUCAAAUCAUGGCUUCUUAUCAGACUAAACAGAGCAGGUGUCUAUAGCUCUGCCAGGUUCUCUGAGCAGUCCUAUGGGAAGUACUGAUUGCUGGGGCUUUCUGGGUCUUCAUCAGACGCCUCUGCACAUCCCCAGCUGCCAUCUCAUCACCCCUCUGCCUUUGUUCCCCCAUCCCCAGUAUGUCCUGUAAUAAAAUUGGAGAGCCU